GGCAGGGCUUAUGCGCGGCUUUUAUAAACCCGGCGGCGUCACUUCACACACUGAAAGCCGCUUGCUGUCACAGGAGCUUACUAUUGUGUUGUAACAGACCGCCAAUAAAGCACCAUCAACAUGAUUCUCGAAAUUGAAGAUAAGGAUUCCUUCUUCAGUGCCCUGAAGGAAGCGGGAGACAAGCUGGUGGUAGUAGACUUCACAGCCUCCUGGUGCGGCCCCUGCAAAAACAUCGCGCCCUUCUUCAAAGGGCUGUCGGAAAAACCAGAGAACAAGAAUGUGGUUUUCCUCAAGGUGGACGUGGACGAGGCAGCGGAUGUGGCCAAACACUGUGACAUCAAAUGCAUGCCGACGUUCCAUUUCUACAAGAAUGAGAAAAAGGUGGACGAUUUCUCUGGGUCCAACGAAGCCAAACUGGAGGAGAAGGUCAACGCUCUGAGGUCAUGAGGAAGAGGCUGACCCACACGCACAUCUGCACUGACGCUGUACAAACGCCACCACCAACCAUCUAAAGACCGAACUCCCUCUUGGAAGGAAUAAUUCCACUAUAGUCCAAUUCCCUCUCGAAGGACCAGAUUCCACCAUAUGCACAACAAAACAUUCAGUUUUAAUUCAAAAUGGUUUUUUAUUUUUAUUAAAUGUUAAUACUAAACCAUGCCUCUAAUUCCUCCGGUGUAUUAGUCAUUCUUAUUCAGGUCAGGAAUUUAUCUCCAUUUUUGAAAAGGACCAUAAUAUUUUAGAUGUGUUUUUAUAUAUUAGAGCAAUGCUGUUGGGAUUUUGACUGUUCUGUUGAAGUGGGUGGAUUCAAUAAAUGAAGAUGAAUGCUGA